AAAAAGGCAAAGAAGAAGAUAGAAGGUGGUUCCAAUGUUUUCUCUAUGUUUGAACAAACCCAGAUCCAGGAGUUCAAAGAGGCUUUUACCAUCAUGGAUCAGAACAGGGAUGGCUUUAUUGACAAAGCAGAUUUGAGAGACACAUUUGCUGCACUAGGUCGUCUGAAUGUCAAGAAUGAAGAGCUUGAAGACAUGGUGAAGGAGGCGCCAGGUCCUAUUAACUUCACUGUCUUCCUUACUAUGUUUGGGGAAAAGCUGAAAGGCACGGACCCAGAAGAAACCAUUCUGAAUGCUUUUAAGAUUUUCGACCCAGAAGGAAAAGGCCGCAUAAAGGCAGACUACAUCAAAGAAAUGCUCAUGACACAGGCAGACCGGUUCAGUCAAGAAGAGAUCAACCAGAUGUUUGCUGCUUUCCCUCCAGAUGUCUCUGGGAACCUUGACUAUAAGAACCUGUGCUAUGUCAUCACCCAUGGUGAGGAGAAAGACUGA